CUUCUCCCUUCUUCAGACAUGAGAAACUGAAGAGAGCUAAGGAUUACGACUAAUGAGAUUACCAGAAGAUGAAGAAACAGUGGAUGUUGGUUGGGGCACUCUCCAAAACCCUAACCCUAGCUUCAUUCACUCGCUCGCUAUGUUCCUCUUCAACAGCAACAACACCGACCUUCGCUCUCAAAAACGUAACCAAAUCGAACUUCGAAUCGGCCCUCGGCGACCUCCGCCGCCUCGUCAGAGACGCCGACUUCGUGGCCGUCGACCUCGAGAUGACCGGCGUCACCAGCGCACCGUGGAGAGAGUCGUUUGAGUUCGACCGCUUCGACAUUCGUUACCUCAAAGUGAAAGACUCCGCCGAGAAAUUCGCUGUCGUUCAGUUCGGCGUCUGUCCAUUCCGGUGGGACCAUUCGAAGCAAUCUUUCGUUGCUCACCCGCACAAUUUUUAUAUAUUUCCGCGGAAAGAAAUUCCAGUCGGUGGCCGGUCCUACGAGUUCCUUUGCCAGACAACCUCUAUUGACUUCUUGGCUAGAUACCAGUUUGAUUUCAAUUUGUGCAUACAGGAAGGAAUAUCUUAUUUAUCCAGAGGACAAGAGGAUGACGCAUUGAGGAACUUGCAUUCUAUGUAUGAGGAUGAGUUGAGGUGCAACUCGAGAGAAGCUAGAGAUACACCAGUAGUUAGAAUUGCAGAUGUUCUCUUCACUGAGAGAAUGAAGAACAGAAUCUGUGAAUGGCGUGAUGGAUUGUUACUGAAUAGAAAUCACAGGUCUGAAACCCAGGAGGUUUCUAAUGACUCCCCUCAACAGUUUCAAACUAUUUUCUUCAAGAUGCGUCCAGCUCUUUUGCUGAAUGGGUUCACCUCUCACCAACUAAGGUUGAUUCAGUUGGUCAUAGAAAAGCAUUAUGAAGAUCUUGUUUUCGUUCGUGAAAAGGCUGAGACUUCCUCUGUACACCAAUUAGUUGUGUACGUGGACUCCAGAAAUGACAGGGACUUGGUUAUGAAGGAGGUCAAGGAUGGGCUUCACAAGGAAGCAGAGAUGAAGAUCAAAGCUGCGGUUGGGUUUCGGCACGUUAUUGACCUCCUCUCCUCAGAGCAGAAGUUGAUUGUUGGUCACAAUUGCUUCCUUGAUAUUGCGCACAUAUAUAGCAAAUUUUUAGGUCCUCUUCCUUCUACUGCUGAAGAAUAUGUCUCCUCCGUAAAUAAGUACUUCCCAUACAUCAUUGACACAAAAAUACUCUUGAACGCAAAAGAUAUGCAUCUGCCUCUGAUGAAGAAGAGCAGCACAUCACUCUCCAGAGCAUUUUCCUUAUUAUGUCCAGAAAUCGCUUCCAGUGUUCAGGGACCUGGUUUGGGACUCAAACCACGUGUUAAAGUGGAAGUUCAGGUGGAUGACAUGAGGUCCUUGAACUGGAACUCUGGAGCUAAGCAUGAAGCGGGCUAUGAUGCUUUUAUGACAGGGUGUGUUUUUGCCCAAGCAUGCAGUCAUCUUGGUUACGAUUUCAAGCUUUAUUCACCCUCCACGAAUUUGGCCAAUGAUGAGAAGCUUCAAAAGCACAUCAAUCUUCUCUAUUUGAGCUGGAUUAAUGGUGACAUCAUUGAUUUAAGGACUGGUAAGCGAACUGCUGAGUCCGCAUACUCUAACAAUCUAAAAAUCCGGUAUCCGAGGAUUGUGUUUCAAAAUAUUGCUUUAAUAUGGGGAUUUCUGCCAAAGAUCAAGGCAAGGGAGAUUAGGGAAUGCAUAACUAAAGUCUUUGGCCUAAACUCAGUUAGUUCUGUCUAUCAUUUGGAUGAAACUGCAGUGUUUGUGCAGUUUAGUAAGGCUGAAUUGGUCACUGAUUUUCUUCAGUUGAAGGAAACCUUGGAAAGAAACAACGAUCCAAUCUCAGUUUUGCAUCCCCUUUCAAAACUUCUAGAAGGCAGAAACACUCAUGCAGCCACUUAUGAGUCCUAUAAAAGGAUUUGUGGUUCACCGAUUUCAGAAGUCUUGUUUGCUGAUCAGGCAGAGGCAAUGCGUAUUAAAUGGAAGACUGAAUCCUUAGAAUCCAACAGAGAGGUUGAAACCCAAGAAAAUGAAAUGGCUACUUUUCCAAAUACUUCUGAUCGAAGUGAGUCGGGGAAGAUAAACAGAAUCAUAGACAAUCUAGCAUGUGGCCAUAUCCAAGAAGACGAAGCCAUUGAUUCCUCGUACACUUGUGAAGCUCAGCUUAGCAAAUAGGGUAGAACUUCUAGUUUGUGUUGCACGGGAUCUAAGAUGUAUCCUCCUAGAUUAGUGCUUCUUAUUAAGAUAUUGUUUUCUUGAACAUUUUGAUAAUUAUCGAAAUCCGAAGAAAAGUUUUUGUA